CUUCUUUCCUGCAAUUUCCACCUCUCCAAUCUUCUCUUCAAACACUGGGUUCAAUAAGCAAAACGCAUUCAAGCUACCCAUUCACUAUAUACUGAUUUGUCAUUCACCUAUAUCACACAAUAAAAUGUGUCUCGAAAUACAACACCAUGGGCAAUGCGCAGAAGGAAGCAGAUUUCCAAAUAACUUGGAAAUUCGUCCUUGCGAUAAGCAGCAGACACUUUUUAGUGGACUGGCGACCUGUUUCGGAGACAUAGAAGAAUGGCAUUAUCGUACCCAUGAUUUGCCUUGCUGUGGUGGUCGGAUUCCAGAAACCCAAGUAACGUCCUCGGUGGCAUCCGGAAUCUUCUCUACCCUUUCUUCGUUCUCUAAGAUCACCAACAUAUUUGGCUGGUUGCGGAAACAGGAGGGAGGCGAGAGCAGCAACGGAAUUGAACAACCACCAGAAAUGAAUCCCGAAGAGACUAAUGCUGCUCAAGUGCAUAGGGAUGAAGAAGAGCCUCCCAUCCACCGACAAAGUUAUAGAAUUCUGCUGGACUACGAAAGGGGGAUAGACCUUGAGACUUCGCAUCGGGACUCCAAGAAUGCCGAUGAGGAUCAUGAUAUAUCCGAUGCGAAGACUAUUCCUGAGGAAUAUAGUCUCAUACCUAACAAAGAUCCCGAGAUGGAGCAGGAGUUCCUUCGAACGCCGCAAUUCGACAUAGACGGGCCGGUGCAUAUUGUACCCUAUAAUACUCCCAUGUCAUCUGUUGAUCCGGAGUCAGCACCAGCUCCAAGUCCUACUCCACAAGCGGUGGAUGCCAACGCCCUAAGAAAUGAUCUGGCGAAUCUAGCUGGUGAGCUCAACGUAAACAAUGAUUUCUUCAAGGCCAUAGGUCUAGAAUCAGAGACAGUAGAACCCACUACAGCCGAACACUCUGCAGCGGCGGAUAUGACCAAAAUAGCACGGAAACAUGCACGUCGUAGAGCAUUGAGACGAGCCAACCAAGGGAUCAUAGUACCGAGAUAUAACACUCGUUCGGUAGCACGUUGGCGUCGGGAGGCCCUAGAAGCUCCUGAUAAUGGAUCGUUGUCAGAUCCUAUGAGAUCUCGAAAGGCUGAAGCCGAAUUAUUCGAGCAAGAGGCGCUGGACAGCGAUGCAGGGCUAUGGGAGCCAUACCAUCAACCUCCAGAAAAUAUUGAUUCUGUGGUGUGGUUACCUCACCAAUUUAUUCCGCGUCACUAUAGGAGCCCCCUGAUGACAAGGUUCGUACCGGAGGCACCUUCAACACGGCGAAGACAAAAAAAGAGUCUUCGUCGAAGUAAGGCGUUGCAAAAGAAGCGCUCAAGUAAUGCCGAAGAGGAUCAGUAGGUACACUACUGGAUUAUUUCUUAUGGGACAGGUAAGCUUUCUUCACAUUAUGACCCGAGCAAACCGAAGGUAAGCUCUUUCUCUUUUUUCCCUCCUAGAGGUCAGACA